AUGCCAUUCUUUAGCUGGAUGAAAUGGCCAAAAAGUUAUUCUUACAAAAGUGGACAAUACCCUGGCUCAGAAGUUGUGACAAAGACGCUUCUGAGAGAACUAAAAUGGCAUUUGAAAGAACGUGAGCGGCUGAUAAAGGAGAUUGAAAGUGGACACAAAAUUCAAAAACCUGAAAGUGAUUACAAUGGAAUAAGGAGCUACCAAAAUCUUCAAAUAACUAUCCCAGCUACUGAACAACAACAACUUGAAAUGCUUUGCUCUCAAAUCCAACCAUGUCAAACUGGAAUCAUACUCAGCAGAUUUCGAGAGGCUCUAGCAGAAAAUGAUGUUUUACCCUGGGAAAUUGUUUAUUUAUUCAAACAAGUUUUAAAAGAGUUCCUUACUAAUCUUGAGAAAGAAGCUCAGCAAGAUCAACUGGCUGAUGUUUGGAAUUCAAAUUGUUACAGCCAAUUCGCAGCAUCCAGCACCAACUCCAGGAAAACAGACAAAGAGGAAAUCCCCACUGUAUCCAGCUAUGUUGACAAAAAUACACAAGGCAUCCUUCCAACAUUCUCCCACAGAAUCUGGAAUCUUCCCUAUUACUACCCAUCGAGUUAAUUAUUUUCUCUUUCGCUCAUACUCAUUUAGCUUGGCUGUAAUCAUUCUGUAAUGAUUCAGUACUCCAAAAUUAACCUCCCAUCCUCAUAAAGGCAAACUUAAACUUAAUAACAACUACAGCUGGCAUAGUCCUUAAAUAAAUAAGAUGGAUGGUUUAUACUAGUUAAUAGUGUCACAUUAAGAUCCUUCUUAUAGCAGAGACUUUUUUAUGGAGGUUUUAUCAUUUUUCUUAGCAUUAAUCCUGCAUGGUUGCAGGGUCCCCUUGUUUUCAGUGCAUUCGCCUACUUAUUAGAGCAAAGCUUAACAAUGCAUGAUGCCAUGAGGGUUUUUGUGUAUCAGCUGUCUUGUCUUGCAGCCUGAUGUUGAUGUGGGCUGAGAGGGAAUGACUAGUCCAAGGUCA